CAAUAGUACUGAUAAAAAUAAUAAACUUUUGUAAACACACACAAAUAUUCAAGUAAACAUUACAACAACUUGUGAUAAAAGUAUCUUAUCAAAAUUUCCAAUUUAAAAUGCAUGGAAAGAAGCAACAGGUUGUCAACAAUUGAUCCACCGAACUGUCAAGUGAUUUUAAAACGUUACUCAGGGAUAUUACACCAAAUUUCGAAGAGAAUUUGAACCGAGUAAGUUUUAGGCAUUCAACAAUGCAGCUAUCAGAAGUCACCAAAGGAAAAAGUCGUUUGUUCACAAAGUCGAUAACACAGUCAUAACUUUGAACGAUACAAAAAUUGAACUCCGCAACCUGAAGUUUCCAUGGGUGCCCGACUUCCGGAUAAAUUACAUGUCAGCCAAUCUGGCCAUGUUGUGUCUGGAUGUCGGCUUCAAACUGGGUGAUCUGAGGGUCGAAGGUGACUUCGAGGCCAACAAUUCCGUUCUACAAACUCUGCUUCCCGUCUCCAAUAUCGGAAAAAUUGCGGUUACGUUUAAAAACGUGACGGCACAAGGAAAAGUGGGACUUUUGAUAGAAGAAGAUUCGUUAGUGCCAACUAAUUACGAUUUAACUUACACUCCAACUGAAACGGAAACAGCGGUGAGCUAUUUUGGCGACGACAUCGAAAUUGAAAAUAAAAUUACCAAGUCAAAUGGAGAACAGACUUUGGGAGACUCAAUCUGGGACCAGAUAACCGAUAUACUCACAAAUCUUCUUCAUAGACAGCUCGGCGAAACUGUUGUGGAGUUUUCGCUUACUGAAUUGUUAGUGGACAAAGAUGAAGAAUUAAGAGACAUUGCCCGGGAGCACUCGACCCGCGCGAACCGUUUGCUCGAUUCCCUUUUGUGCAAGGCCAAGGACUAUUUGGUCGCGAAGGACCGGCGAUCGGUGAAGACGCCGCCCUUCGACGUCGUUUAUAGGGGCAAGCCUUCGGGCGUCGAGCAAGGGUGGCUCAGAACGGACGAGGGAUACAUGCAGGAUCUGUCCACGUUGACCAGGAUCCAAGGACUCAGUCUCUACGAGGAUAAGGCUAAGCUGACGGUGUAUGGUAGUAUUGUUCUCAGGGAUUUUAAGCACGGUUAUGAAAAAUACUACAGCAACUUCGAGGGUAAUAAGAUCAGUGGCAGCAUCCGUACCAGUGUGUACAAGAACAGGAUAUUCCUGAAACUCGUGAUGAUGAAGGACGGGGAAGUGUGUAGCACGAAGCUGGAAACCGUCCAAGUGGUCUCAGUCAAAGAUAUUGACGUGGAUGCAUCUGGGUUGGCGUCUCUUAGUUGGUUAGUUCCACGACUCAAAUCGUGGGUAAUAGCAAAUCUUCGCUAUCAAGCGGUCCCUGUGUUAGAAAAACACAUCAAAGAAGCAUUUAAUCACGCGAUCUCUAAUACCGACUGUCUCUCACUCAUUUCAGACCAAAUAACUUCCCCAGUUUUGUCCUGACUGUUGUUUUGUUUGUUUUUCCAAGAGUUUAUUACCAAAUUUACUGGGGUUUUAUUGUUGUUACUCAAACUGUUCUUGUUAUAAAUGAAGCUAAUAAAGUUGUAAAAAGUA